AUUUUAACAUCCCCAAUUACAACCAAAAGUGACGAAGGUGCGGAAAUUAAUUGAAAGUGAAAUAAUUGUUAAUUUCAUAAUAAGAUGGCAAUGGUCAUUGGAAAAAAUAUAACGUUAGGAGUUUGCAUCGUUCUUUGUUUAUUCCUUGUGGGGAAUAUAAACUUUGGCGUAGAUGCAGCAGAAAAAGAAAUACCCGCUACAAAAUUUGGUCAAAAUGUUGGAGGGCCCACAAUGACAUUUUUAUACUGUUACUCGUGUGGUUACCGCAAAGCUUUUGAGGAUUAUGUUAACAUUUUGUCGGAACGGUAUCCACAGAUUACGGUAAACGGGGGCAAUUAUGAUCCACCCGGCUUCAACAUGUACCUAUCGCGAAUCGUAUUUGCUGCAAAAAUCCUUUUCAUCGUAGUGAUUGUUUCCUCGUUUGAUGUUUUCGGUGUAUUUGGACAACAAAUUCCGAGUUGGUGGCAGCAUUUGCUUGAUAAUAAAUUGUAUGCCUGCAUGAUGGUAUUUUUCGUAGGGAAUAUGCUUGAGGGACAGCUUGUGGCUUCUGGAGCAUUCGAAAUCUCCCUCAAUGAUGUGCCGGUAUGGUCUAAAUUGCAGACAGGACGUAUACCUGCGCCUCAAGAACUCUUUCAGAUUAUAGACAAUCAACUACAAUUCACCGAAACAAUUCAAGAGAAUCCAGACUUCGUUAAAUAAUAAUUAGACCAUGCCUACGUGCAACACAUACGAACUUAGCUCAACUAUGAGAGUAACUACGAAACCGAACAUGGAGUAUUUUAAGUAUGUUUCUAUAUUGAGAUUCGACUGUGGGAGUGCUGAGAGUUUUAGUUAGUUUUGCAGAAUUUAUAAAAUAGACUUGUUGAUAAAUUAGUUUUGACUGGUGGGGGAUUGUUAAAUACCAUAAGCAAAUAUUAACAUUGAAGUCAUACCCAAGAUAAGUUCGUUUAAUUUAAGUUUAGAUGUCUCUAUGUUUGCUUUUAAGUUCAACUACGUACUUGUCAUUUUGUAGUUAUAUCCAGAUUUUGGCCGUUAUGAAGUGUCAACAAAAUUUGCAAAUAUCUAUUUAAAUAAACUAUAAUAAAAAAAAACUAAUGUGUC